AAAUCCAAAAUUGUUUGGAAAAAGGAAAAAACAAAUGAAAGAAUGAAAACUUUGUUAAAAGGAAGAAGUUUCUGGGCUGUAAAAAUUCCCUCAAAUGCAUCAUGGGGUUGGAGGAAACUGCUCAAGCUCUGGGCUAGGGGGCUCAUCCAGCAUAUCCCAGGAGAUGGCACUGAGACUCAUUUGUGGCAUGAUAAUUGGCAUCCUUCUGGUCCACUGGUAGAAACUUAUGGUACAAAGAUUAUUCAAGAUGCAGGCAUUCCAUCCCAUGCCAAGCUUGCUGUGGUGGUUAAUGGAAAUUAUUGGAAAUGGCCACCUGCAUGCUCCCCUCAGCUCCUAGAUAUUCAAAUAGCGCUAUGUGGUAGAUUAUAUCCUAAAGAGGGUGAAAAGGAUAGUAUGGUGUGGAUUCCCUCAGCCUCUAGUUCUUUCAAAGCAGGAAAAACAUGGCAUUGGAUAGGAAAUAAGCAAGCUAGAGUACCAUGGCACAAAUUAGUUUGGUUCCCUCAAUCAAUCCCUAAACAUAGCUUCAUUUGCUGGUUAGCUGUGCUGGAUAGAUUAACAACAAGAGCCAGGCAAAAGAAAUGGUCUCCAACUUUGACUGACACUUGUGUACUGUGCAACAAUGACUCAGAGACUACUGAACAUCUCUUCUUCAAGUGCUAUUACGCAAGAAGGGUCUGGCAAGUUUUGAGCAAUUUGGCAGGUAUUCCAUUUAUGGAUUCUUGGCAAAGGCUUUUAAUGUGGAUGGGAAAGCGGAUACGAAGGAAAUCCUUGUAUUGGACACUUAUCAAGUUAAUAUGGAGUGCUGCAAUCUACCAUGUUUGGAUGGAAAGGAACAAUGGAAUCCAUCAGCAAGUCUUUAGAACAGAAGAGGCAGUAUGUGAAGAAGUGCAAUUUGAUGUGAAACAAAGGAUUUUAGGUUUUGCCAAGUUGAAAUCCUCAUCUCUACCUGUCUCCAUAGCAAUUAAUUGGGGGAUUGAAGCUGUUGUGCAAGGAUAGUAUAGAUUAAAUCGUUUCUGCAUUUUAUUUUGUAGCAGCAACAAAUUGCUGCUUGCUUGUGUAUAGACAGUUACUGGAUAAAUAAAUUCACCUUUUAUCC